UUUUCUAGAUUACCCUACCGAUGUGUUGAAUGCCUAUCAAAGGAUUUAAAAAUCAUAACUUAAAGAAAAGUACGGUGAGACGUGAAUCGAAAUCAAGAUUUUACUGAUCAAAAUAGUGAAAUGCCAGUUGUACCAGGAGGAAUCUACCAACAAACUCCUACAUGUUGGGACAAGAUAAAAAUGGGUUUCACGAUUGGAUUUUGUGUCGGCCUAUCAUCUGGUGCUCUGUUCGGAGGAUUUUCUGCACUUAAGUGUGGAUUAAGAGGCACAAGACUCAUACACAGUGUUGGGAAAAUAAUGCUUCAAGGUGGUGGAACAUUUGGCACAUUUAUGGCCAUAGGAACUGGGAUAAGAUGCUAGUACUUGUGUUCAUAAUUUAGGAAACAGAGGAUUGUAAUUUGAGAGCACUUGUUGAUUUUUUAAUAAAAGAUUUCUAAGGA